AUGUCAAGAGAUUGUUUGGAUACCCCGCUCUGUGUGACUGUCAUCGACACAGUGACCGUAUCAUUCAUUUUCUAUCUAUUGUUUCUUUGUUUUAGCCCUGGACGAACUGGCAGCUCCUUUGAUAAUGAAAUUAUAAUGAUGAAUCAUGUCUAUAAGGAGCGCUUUCCAAAGGCCACCGCUCAGAUGGAGGAGCGUUUGCUGGAAGUCAUUAGGCAGUUUUCCCCAGACAGCACCCUACCAUUGGGAGAUGGCGUCUUGGGAUUUAUCCAGCACCAGUUGGUGGAGUUGGCUAGGGACUGUCUGGAUAAAUCCCAGAAGGGCCUGAUCACAUCGCUGUACUUCAUAGAGCUGCAGGAUAAACUGGAAAAAAUGCUGCAUGAGGCUCUGGAGCGCUCCGAGAGCGAGGAGGUCUCAAUAAUCACCCAGCUGGUGAAGAAGAUCCUCAUCAUCAUCUCUCGACCCGCACGACUGCUGGAGUGUCUGGAGUUUGACCCCGAGGAGUUUUACCAUCUUCUGGAGGCUGCAGAAGGUCACGCCAAAGUCGGCCAGGGCAUCAAAACCGAUAUUCCCCGCUAUAUAAUCAGCCAGCUUGGACUCAACAGAGAUCCUCUUGAUGAUGUUGUUCAGCUCGAGGAGCAGUAUGACUCCGGCCCCUCGCUCACGGUCGAUUCUGAAGAAACCGCGGAGCAGAAUAAAUCUUUACCCACACCACUACGAAGAAAACCGCUGGAGAGUGAUUUUGAGACUAUUAAACUCAUUAGCAAUGGAGCUUAUGGGGCUGUGUAUCUGGUCAGGCAUAAAGAAACUCGGCAACGUUUUGCAAUGAAAAAGAUCAACCGGCAAAACCUGAUUCUGAGGAACCAGAUCCAGCAGGUGUUUGUGGAGAGAGACAUCCUGACGUUUGCAGAGAAUCCCUUUGUGGUCAGCAUGUUCUGCUCCUUCGAGACCCGCAGACAUCUGUGUAUGGUCAUGGAGUAUGUGGAAGGUGGUGACUGUGCCACUCUGCUAAAGAACAUGGGCCCACUUCCUGUGGAUAUGACCAGGAUGUAUUUUGCUGAGACGGUUCUGGCACUGGAGUACCUCCACAGUUAUGGCAUCGUGCACAGAGAUCUCAAACCAGACAACCUCUUGAUCACUUCAAUGGGGCAUAUUAAACUCACUGACUUCGGGCUCUCCAAAAUCGGCCUCAUGAACAUGACAACCAAUCUGUAUGAGGGCCACGUCGAGAAAGACACUAGGGAGUUUAUCGAUAAGCAGGUUUGUGGCACCCCGGAGUACAUAGCUCCAGAAGUGAUCUUGCGGCAAGGCUACGGGAAACCGGUGGACUGGUGGGCCAUGGGCGUCAUCCUGUACGAGUUUCUGGUGGGGUGUGUGCCGUUCUUCGGAGACACACCAGAAGAGCUUUUUGGACAGGUUGUGAGUGAUGAAAUAAACUGGCCGGAGGGAGAGGAUGCACCACCAGCUGAUGCUCAGGAGCUGAUCACCCUACUGCUCAGACAGAACCCUCUGGAGCGCCUUGGCACGGGAGGGGCAUAUGAGGUCAAGCACCAUCAGUUUUUUCACAGUCUGGACUGGAACAGCCUGCUGAGGCAGAAGGCAGAGUUCAUCCCCCAGCUGGAGUCUGAGGAUGACACUAGCUACUUUGACACACGAUCUGAUAGAUACCAUCACUUGGAAACUGAGGAGGAGGAUGAUACCAAUGAUGAAGAUUUCAAUGUGGAACUGAGGCAGUUUUCCUCGUCCUCACACCGAUUCUCAAAAGUUUACAGUAGUCUGGAUCUGUCUCGAGGACAGCUGGAAGAGAAAGGAGAACAGCCAGAGAAGACAACAGACAGUUCUCUCACUGUUGACUCACUGAGCUGGACUCCAGACUUCACUGAGAUCCCCUCUCUAUCUCAUUCAUCUGACACUGAGAGCACCAGCUUGAGCAGAUGCUCUGGUCUUCUUCCUAAGUUUGCAAUCUCUGCAGAAGUGGAAGACGGGGAGGGUUCCCUCGCUCUGGAAGACCCUAGUAAAGUGACCUUUAGUAUUGGGGAGUUGCCCCAGGAAGAGCCUGAUCCCACCACACCCUGUAGCACCAUCAGUAACUCCACCCUCUCAGGCAGUUUCUCUGAGCACUUGGAUCAGGCACCAUCACAGGUAGAUGGAGUGGAGAGUCUAGACAGCUCCUGUAAGCCCUCCUCUGAUACAGCCUCCUUCUUGACUGCUCCAAAACCUGAGACAACAGAGAAACAGUAUGCAAUCAGCAAAGUCCCAAAAUCAGUAUCUACCAGUGCCCUGUCACUCAUGAUUCCUGGAGAUGUUUUUGGUGUGUCACCAUUGGCAAGCCCCAUUUCUCCAUACUCGCUGUCAUCAGACCCAUCCUCUAGAGAUUCCUCCCCCAGUCGAGACUCCUCCCUCAGUGGUGUCGUUUGUCGUCAGCCAAUCAUCAUUCACAGCUCAGGAAAGAAGUUUGGCUUUACUCUGCGAGCAAUCAGAGUCUACGCCUGUGACAGUGACGUUUAUACAGUUUAUCACAUGGUCUGGAAUGUAGAGGAUGGUGGUCCUGCUCACAAGGCUGGCCUUAAGGCUGGAGACCUGAUCACUCAUGUAAAUGGAGAAACAGUUCAUGGGUUGCUUCACACUGAGGUGGUGGAACUUUUGCUGAAGAGUGGAAGUAAAGUUGCAAUUUCCACAACUCCUUUUGAAAAUACAUCCAUCAAAACUGGUCCAGCUAGAAGAAAUAGUUACAGAAGCAAAAUGGUGAGACGUACCAAGAAGCCGAAGAAAGAGAAAACUCAAGAAAGGCGCCGCUCAGUAUUCAAGCGUUUUGCCAUGCAACCCUCUCCACUUUUACACACCAGCCGUAGUUUCUCCUCAUUAAACCGCUCGCUUUCUUCAGGAGAGAGUUUACCUGGAUCUCCCACACACAGUCUCUCACCACGCUCCCCCACAGCUGCCUUUCGCCCAACACCUGACUUCAGUCAGUCAGUGAUCCGGCAUCCACUGAGCCUCUCCUCCAAUCCAAACCUUAAGAUACCAGCAAAAUCAAAACAAGGAGGCAAAGAGUUAGAAUCAAAUCCACUCAAACCCGCCUUUGAUGCAUGCAUGCAGCAUUAA